CCGCGACACAUCAUGCGGCAGACCUUCAAGGGCAUCGUCGUCUCGGCGCUCAAUGCAAAGACCGUCAAGGUCCGUACAACUUUCCAGACAAAACACCCGAAAGUGCUCAAAGUAACGGCAUCCAUUGCAAGUAAGUGCAUUCGCUGACAACGUAGACCAUCACGCUACACAAAAAUUACAUGGCGCACGAUGAGACAAAUAGUCUAGGACCGGGCGAUGUCGUCCGUAUUGAAGCGUGCCGUCCCAUGUCUGCGCGGAAACGUUUCGCCGUUGCAGAACUCUUACAAAAAUCCAAAAUCAGCAAUGGUGCGCCUGCAAAGCCAAGGGAACAAGAGACAAAGACGGAAACAAAUGCGAUAUAGCAUCAUGAACGAGUAUAUAAUAAAGAGGCAGUCUACCUGAGAGACGUACGAAAGCGAAUCGCGCAAAAAACAAAUCAUUCCAAGACACCCAGCGCAGCUUGCAGCUUACAGUUUACAAGCCAGCCUUGAUGGCCUUGUUGGCUUGCUUCCUCAGCUUCUUGGCGGUAC